UUAUAAUUUUUAAAAUAAUAGAACAAUAUAAAAUCGGAACUCUCUAUUUUUCCUCGUAAGUGUAAUAAUAUAUUUUAUCAAUAUUUACGUCACAAUCCAAUGAUCGUGAUAAAAAACGCAUUAACAAUGCGUACGUACAAAUUAACAAUACCGUAUACGUACUUAUUUAGAUAGACUAAUUUGUGUGUAUUGAUUUCUCGAGAAUCGACCGAAUGACUCCUUUUUCGUGCUGUUUAUAUUUUGUCCUCAAGGACUUCUCAGGUUUCUUUCUCACAUGAGUGAUACGUUACGUCUCUUUUUCAUUGUCGACUAAACAAUUCUAGUAAAGUCCUCGUCGCUACGACAAAAAACUUUAGUCGCUAUUUGUCGCUCUAAGAAGACGGUCGUGUGACAAUUUUGCCGGUAUUAUGAAUAUUAAAGAAGAGAAUGUAAUUAGUAGUUUGGAAAAUGAUGCUUGGACAUCUUCGAAUAAUUUAGAAGACAAAAGAAUGGAUAGUAAUGUCGAUGAAUCUGAUUGUUUUAAAAAGGAACAUGAUAUUUCAAUGAUUAGGACAGAUGUUUAUGAUAAUCAAAUUGAAUUAUUAUUAUUGACAGAGAAUGAGAAAGAAAAUGAAUGUAUUAUCGAGAUACCAGAUUCUGUCGUUAACUGUGAUUAUGAGACAUCUAAUGAUUUUACUAAAACACUUAAUGAUUCUAUAUGGAUUAUGACUGAUAAAGAGGCACAAGAUGUUAAUAAAAAAAUUCUUUCCUUAGAUUCACAAGUGUUUAAAUUAACCAUGUUGGAAGGUGACGAUACGGUAUCUUACUUGACAUAUAAAUGUGAUUCAAGAAAUAAUAGAGAUUUAUUAAAAUUGCAAUCUGAUAAGAAUAAAUUCAUACUUAAUAAUCUUUCUAAUACUCGUAGUUUACCUAAUAUAUUAAGAGGCCCUAAAACAUUUUCUAAACAUGAUACAUCCUCUAUUACAUUUGAAACAGAAGAUAAUUCUUAUAAUACUAAUUUCAUACUUGAAAAUAAUAUUUUUGAAGAAGAGAACAUUAAAAAUGUUACAAAAUCCCAUCAUAAAAGAAAACAAAGACAUAACCCAUUGAUUAUACAAGAAGAAUCUAUGAAUUGGGUGGUUAAUAAUACAGAUAAUUGCAAUGACAAUUCUAUAAGAAAAAAUAAACCCAACUCGAGGAAAGAAGCUAAACUUAAUAAUAGCAAUAAAAGAAAAAUGAAACAUAAAAGGAAAUCAUUUAUAUAUAAAAAGGUAAUUGACAAACAACCUGUCAAAAAAGCUUUUCAGGAAUCUAAUGUUACUACAGAUUCUAUUGUGUCUAAUUUGGAAUCUAAUAAAGAGAGAACUAAUGAUUUAGAUCUUUCUAUCGAAUUUAAUGCAUUUUAUGAAGAACAGUUUCAUGAAGAUUAUACGGAUCACUUUGACAUCUUAACCGAUGUUAUAAAAGAACAACAAGUUUUAGGUGAUGAAUGUUAUGAUAUACAUUCUAAUAACAUUCAUAGUUCUAAUGUUAUGGAUUGUCCAGAAUUACAAUGUCAGGAAUCUCUAAGAUAUAAUUUUUUAGAACAGAUAGAUAAUAGUUGGGAAGAUAAAAAUAUUAUUUUUAAAGAUGAUAGCCUAUCAGACUGUGAGGAUUAUUUUCAACAUGAAAAUAAUAAUUAUUUAUUGUUUGGAAAAUGUUCGGAUACAAAACAUAUUUCUUCAAAUGAAUGUGAUUUAGAAAUGGCAAGUAUUUAUACUAUGUACGAUAAAAAUUAUUUAUCAAGUUAUUUUAAUGAUUCAUUGGAUAAUACAUUAUGCCAAAAAAAUCUAUCAUAUAAUUGUCUACAAAAUUCUUUGGACAAAGUUAAAAAUUCGGAUAAUCUGUUACUUGAAAAAAAAAUAUAUGAAACUUAUUCGGAAAGCCAAUUGAAUAACGAUCUAAAUUCUUCAAAUAUUAAUUUUGCAUCUACUAAUGUUAAUAAAAAUACAACACAUGAUUUUUUAAAUAAUGAUUUAGAACAUUCAACUAUUAUAAGUGAAAAAGUCAAUGCACAACAGAGUAUACAAUCUGAUGUACUUCUCAACGCAGAUCUUUCUGCAAAAUUCUCAUCAGAUUCAAAAAAAGUAACGUUAAAAAAUUUACCCAAGAAUGAUAUGCCAUUAGAAAAAGUCGUACAAGAAAAAAAAGAAAUGCAUUAUAAUUAUAUGAUCGUCCACAAAUUUGACGAAGAAUUUAAGUUAAAAUGUAAUUACGAAGAAACAAAUAAUAAACUAUUUUUAAUAGAAGAAAGUGACUCAAUUAUAGCGGAAAAUCAUAAUUUAAAUGACAUAAAGAAAACAAAAAAUGUUAUAGAACCUUCACAGUGUUUACUAUGUCCAUUAACAUUUUCAUCCAAACGUUCACUGGCAUUACAUAUAGCAGGAGCACAUGGAGAUAUGUAUGUAAUAUUGUGCGAACGGUGCGGUCGACUUUUCAAUAAAAAGUAUAUCUUUAAUAAACACUAUAUACAUUGUGGCUGUGUUAAACUACCUUUUACUUGUAAAAUGUGUAAUAGAAAUUACAGGCAUAAAUCAUCUUUGUUGCAUCAUCUUAAAAUCGAGCAUCAAAUGGAAAAUAAACCACAUACAACAAAGGCAUAUAAAUGUGAUAUUUGUUCCAAAAUAUAUAGAAAAUAUGGUGCUUUUGAAAAGCAUUUGGGUAUACAUGUUAGUUCCCAAAAAUCUCUAAAUCUAAGGAAUAGGAAAUAUACUUUCAUAGUCGCUGACUAAUACCCAUUAUCUUUCACAUAUUGCAUUGAAUAUAUCAAUACUAACAAAUUAUUGAAAUAAGUAGGUUACACUUAAGCAAUGUGAUAAUUAUUAUUUUACAAUCAAUUUCAUAUGAUAUAUUAUUUUUAUAAGUUUACAACAAUAUUUUUUUAUAUACUUGAUAGAAAACUUUUUGUUUUUAGUUUAUGUUCACGCAUCGUUUAAUUUUCGUUCAUUUAAACAAAUUAACCGACAUAAAAGAAAAAGAGAGGAAAAGAAAAUAAAAGAAAAUUGUCCUUCAAGCGUGCUUACAUCGAUUCCUCUAAGAUAUUAAGUAUUUUUUAUCUUACAUAAUAUUCUAUUUAUGUACAUUCGACUGACUUAGAAUAUACUACUAUAGUUUAUAUAUAUAUAUAUAUAUUUUUUUUUUUUGUUUAAUUAUUAUUUUAUGUGCAAUUUUUAUUUUUAUACUUUUUAUAAACGUGUAUAAAUGGAUUAUAUUAGAAAACAUUUCAAACAAAACUAAUUUUAUCGUUAAACAUAUACAUACGCAUUAUGACAAAUAAAAUUUGUCAUAUUUUUGUUCAUUUAAUCGCUUUAAGGAGAGAGGAUAUAAAAAAUCGAAGUCGUUAUAAUCUAUAAGACGAAAGAUUGUUAAAAUAAUGAUCUUCGAAAGAAAAUUAUAUCGGCUGAUAUUUGUAUGUACUUAAUUUUUGAUUAAUUUUUGAUAGGACAAUUCUCAUUCACAGAGAAAUCUCUUGCGAUAAUUUAAUGCGAGAUAAAUGAAUAAACAAAAAUAAGAGAUGACCAAAAAUUUGUACUACUUCAAAUUGUACGCAGUAUUUCCCAUAUCCUCGGUCUUGUAAAAAAAAUGUGACGUGUAAAAAAAAAAAUUGUCAAAUAUAUAAUAAAAGAUAUAAUAUUUUCAUAUAAUAUUUAAUAACUUUCGCAAAAAUAAAAAAUAAAAAUAUUAUCAUCUUCAAUAAGAAAUUCUCCAAGAUAACAAAUAUAUGGAAAUAUUGUGUGUAAGAAGUGUUACAUAGGAAGUAUAUAUGAAGAUUCCACUGAUGUUAUUGUUCUUUGUAUAUUAAUUACAAUAAUUAUUAACAUUUAUCUUAUUUAAUAAUUGUUACAUUAUAUUUUUACCCAUAAUUUAUUACAACAGACUAAUAUCCAUCUAUACCAAGAGGAAAAAUGUUUUCAAACAAUUGAAACAAUUAUUAAUCCAUAAAAUGGUUCUUUAAUGGCUUUUCCGUAUCUAAAGUCGUAUGUAAAAUAAAUGGUUAAAUAAAAACAAAACAAUUAUGAUAAGAA